CUGAAACCGGAAUCGAGGUGGAUGGAUGCGGAACAGGAACAUCUUCUCUCCCGCCGUUGCCGGGCCCAGCCCAGCAUCACAACCACCGCCUCGAACGCUGUCUACAGGCAAAUAUCGCCCAGUUUUCCACCACUUUACCCGGCUCCCAAUUGGCGCAGCUCAAACAGGUAUCCAUACUGACGCUGUCUUGCCACUUAGCUGCGGAUAUUUUAAAUACUCAAUUAAUUGUCGCCUGGGUUGGGGCCACACACAAUUCUUCAUCCGCCAUCAUGACGCCCAACCCAACAGCACUGUCUCUCUACCGACGAUCCCUCAAGCUCGCCCUCGAUUGGGCCGUCCAUCGCCACCUAUGGCGUGGCCAGGCUGUGUAUAUCCGUUCGCUCUUCGAUGCAAAUAGGGAUGUGCGGGAACCUCGACAACAGAAGAUUUUAUUCCGGGAGACCGAGAAGUUGCUCGAUGAGUGGAAACACCCUGAUCCCUACAGAGCCCCGAGUGCCCCAGGCGGGAGCAAAUACGAGCGAAAUAUGGAAACGCCUAUCCUAGAGUUGGGCAAAGCACAACACGAGGUAAUGGAGGAAGAGGAACAGAGAAACCGCGAGACCGCAAGGAUCAACCAGGCGAGAGCGCAAAGGCAGAAAGAGGACGAGCAAGAAGCGAUCAGAUUCGAGAAUGCGCAGAACGGUCGGUGAUUUCGUAUGUGUGUUGCGUGUACGUGUGCAGCCCAGGGCUGCUGAGAGCUCUGCUAUGUUCUAUUAUUUUAUAGAGAGAAAGAAAGAAAAAGAAGAGACGUCUCAAAAAAUAAGCCCUUUUUAUGUAUAUAACUAAAUAUUUCCUUUGGGUUUGUCUUAUUUAAUCGCAAGUAUUUCUCGGUUACUGGUUGUUUUCGUUUGAAAUAGGCACAUACCAAUGAGUGCCAAUUCAGAAUGUGCCCUGUCGAAUACCAAGAAAAAAAAACCAUGCGCAGAUCAGAUCCUCCUUAUUAAUAGCAUGUCCUUUCUCGCUCGUAGAGUUGCAACUUAUCAAUGGCUCUCUUUGUUCAAUUCAAAAUGUGAAACAGCAUCACGGAUCCCCCUUUAGUCAAUGCUAGU